AUGAAUCAAGGUAGUCGCUCAGUAAGGACAUAUAACCAAAAACUCAAUCAUCGGGAAAAUCGUGCUGCUUUAUUUAAUGAAGCUAGGAGUCCUGCGAACGAUGGAAACUUAUUAAAUGGCGGUUUAGAUCUAGAAAGUCAGAAUGAUGAAAAAAUAGAGGGUUUGACGGGUAAAGUAAAACUACUAAAGGAGAUAACAUUAAGUAUAGGAGAAUCAGUGAAAGAAUCAAAUACCAUACUUAGUAAUAUGGCUCAUAUAUGA